CUUUAUUUCAUAGGAGUUCUCUCAAUUGAAAUUCGUUUUACAUUCUCCAAAUUGCCAAAGGAAAAAAGAUAAGAAAAAACGUAUAAAAAAGUUGCUAAAAAAAGGAAGAAGGCCUUGGACAUAACAGCCCGCCCAGCCCUCUUCUUCUUUUCUGAAUUUCUUCUGCGUUCUAAAUUCUACUCUUCUUCUUCUUCAAUUCUAAUUUCUAAAAAACCCUUAACCCUAUUUUUUGGUCUACAGUAGCUUUCAUUAGCCACAAACGGGCAAGGGAAAAAAGAGAGGACCAUCUCACAGCGGAAACCAGGUGCAAAAAAGUAUCAGCUUCAGUUCUAAAUAAUUGAAUCGGCUCCUUUUUAAUUAGUUUCCUAACGUUUCAUCACUAAAUUCACUAGCCAAUACGAGCCGCCAAAUGGACAACAUUGUAGAUUCUCUAAACAAUGCAUACCAAGAGUUCGUUGUUGCAGCAGCUAAUGUGCUCGAAGCCAAGGAAACUUCUGGCGCCCAGAAAACAGCAGCCACAGAUGCUGCUCUUGAGAAUUUUAAGCAGAAGUGGGAACUUUUCAGAGUCACUUGUGAUCAAGCGGAGGAGUUUGUGGAGUCUGUGAAGCAAAGGAUUGGCUCCGAGUGCCUGGUGGAUGAGGCAACUGGCUUGGUGGCUGGGAAGUCUGGGCAAACCGCAACUGGUCUUCCACCCAUUAGUGCAGUUCGGUUGGAACAGAUGAGUAAAGCUGUUCGAUGGCUUGUCAUAGAACUUCAAAAUGGUUCUGGAACUGCUGCUGGUUCAGCACAUUCUCAUAUGUCAACUCCUUUUGAUGGCAGAUUCUCUGAAGAUUCAGCUCAAUAGAGGAUCGUAAGGUCUGUGGGUGCGGGCUAUCAACAAUGAAAAGAUUGUUAGAUAUUAAAUCAAACAGAGGAAAGCAAGGUGAUAGACCCCUGUGUUUGGGUGAUAUGGAAUGCAUAGAAUGCAGUCAUACAAGGUUCCACGACCAGAUUUGUCUGCUUUCCAUUCUCGAUAUGGUUUUUCUCGGAGAGCUACCUCAGUUGGGCAAAGAGUUGUGGUUUUAGUUGAAGAGACACACUUGUGUUUGUAAUUUACCCUCGCAUUUCAGUUAAUCUUCCCUAAUGUAUUGUUAGAACUAGAGUUGAGUUUUUCUAGCAGACUUUGAACAGGUGGACAAGAGCUAAGAACAGUGAUUUUGUUGAUGAGGCAAACUAAUGGUCAAUUUGUAGUUGUUUUUCUUUUUGUGA